AUGUCGCUGCUCCUGCUGUCCGUCUACGGCUUCUCUCCCGCUGGCGACGAAGUCAAGGCCCUCCCAGGCUGGUAUGGCGCGCUCCCUUCCCGCCAGUUCUCUGGCUAUCUUAGCGUCGGCGAGCACAAGAAGCUGCAUUACUGGCUGGUCGAGGCCGAGGCCCGCCCAGAGUCGGCGCCUCUUGUGCUGUGGCUGAACGGUGGGCCUGGCUGCUCCAGCUUGGACGGCUUCAUCUACGAGCAUGGGCCGUUCCGGACGAGUCCCGAGGAUCCCACCAAGCUCAUCCGAUUCGAGCACGCGUGGUCCAAGGUCGCCAACAUGCUGAAGCUCUGUGGAGAUUUUGCCUUGCCUUUAGGCGUCGGCUUCUCGUACAGCACCGACCCCGCGUGCAGCGCGGGCAGCGCUCGGCCGUGCUCCGACUACCGGACGGACGACGACCAAACGGCGGCGGACAGCGCAAGUGCGCUGCAGGCCUUCUUCGAGGCGUUCCCUCGCUUCCGGAGCGCCUCGAUGUUCAUCACGGGCGAGUCGUACGCCGGCGUGUACGUGCCGACCCUCGCCGAAGCGGUGCUUGCGCUCGUGGACAAGGGAAGGUGGAAGGGCGCCGCGCUCGAAGGCAUCGCCGUCGGGAACGGCUGCUCGGGCACAGAGGUCCGUGCCGCGUGCGACUUUGGAGCGUCGGAGCCCUCCGCGCCGUGCUCGAGGCUGCUCGACCAGAUGGGCGAGGCGGUCGGCCACGUGAACCUGUACAACGUCUACGGGCAGUGCAUCUCCAGCGGGGGUGCUGUUUCCAAUGGCGCCGUUGGAAACAGCAGCGCCGACGCAGUCCGGUUGCCGUCCACGCAAAAGAUACCGUACGCGGGGGGCGGUUUCCUCGGCGGCGGCAGCGGCAAGCUCUUCUCGGGCCGCACGCGGCUGCGCGGGCCGGACGCCUGCAUCGACUCGGCCGCGGGCUCAGCGUACUUGAACCAGCCGGCCGUGAUUUUGGCGGCGCACGUCGUGAAGCAGCCCAUCCCGUGGUCGACGUGCGGCAACCAGAUCAGGUACACGUCCACGCGCAAGAACCUGCCUCGAGACACGUACCCGGCCCUGGUCAAGCGGCUGCGCGUGCUCGUCUACAACGGAGACUGGGACGCGUGCGUGCCGCACACGGACGCGGAGGCGUGGACCGCGGGCAUGGGGUACGCAGAGGCGGCGCCGUGGCACCCGUGGCGCUACAAGAACGGCACGCAGGUGGCGGGGUACGCCACGCGGUACGCCGCGAACAACUUCACCUUUGCCACCGUCAAGGGCGGCCGGCACGAGGUGCCGGAGACCGCGCCCGAGCAGGCGCUCGAGCUCCUCUCGCGGCUGGUGGGCGGCAGGCAGUUCUGA